AUGUCUCAAAACGAACAACAAAAUAAUCAAGAUCAAACUGAAAAGUCAGUUGUUGAAAAUAAUAUGACUAAUGCAGCAGCGAAAACUAAAUUCGUGUCAACAUCAAAAAUGAAAACGAAAAAAGGUUAUAAGAUUGGGCCUUAUUAUUCCUGGUCGAAUAGAAAUAAAGGCAACAAAAACAAUGGCUCAUUAAUUUGGCAACAUCAACCAUCGUAUUUUGGACCAUCAUAUGGUGCUACUCUCAAUGGUCCUCAUACUUGGCAAGGUAUGAUAAUGAAUCAUUUUUUUUCAAAAACAUUUAACGGUGAAAUGAGCAAAGUACCCGCAUAA